CCAUGACAAAUAUAUAGAUGUAUUCAAUAAAUCUUUGUUGCUUAUCGAACAAAAAAACAUAAUUUGAUACUUGUCCAAAAUUUUCGCCGUACUCUAUCCCGUCGCAACUACCCAACUCGGCGACGAUUAAACCGUCUAAUGCGUCACAAUUAUUAGAAAAUUUUCUCACCGUCUAAUUUGUUUUGGUUUGUGGUUAUGCUAUUUAAAGUUUUGUAUAUAUACAUGUAUAUAUUGUAAUUACGAUCAAAACUGUUGUGACAAAAUGAUAGUGUGUUUCAAAAAAAAGAGAGCUCAGAGGUUUGGAUUUUCAUUUCAGAUUUCUAGAUCUUUUAAAAUGUUGCAAACGGUAUAAUUUUGAUAACUAUACAUGGUUAUAUACGUGUUGUAAAAUCUAUAUAAUAGAAGUUAUACUUACAAUUUGGAAAAUCAGACGUUAUAAAAAAAAAUUAUACUUAUAAUUGACUCUAUAACGAAAGGUUUGCUUACAUUUUAUUUUUUUAAUAAUGACUAUUUCUCUACAUUUAAGCGAAGUGAGGGUUUUAUUUGAAAAAACUAUAACAACCUUGACCAGGCCUUACGUAUGGUUGUAAUUGUAUGAAUUUUUUCGAUCUCUUCCUCUCUUUUUUUUAUGCGAAAUAUUCGAUCUUCAUAUUUAGGAGGAUAAUGAAAUCAGUUAUGGAAGCCGACAAACUUUUCUUUUAAAAGCAAUUUUUUUUGAAAAUUACUAUUUAGAACUCGUCAAAAGAAGCACAAAAUACGGAAUUGCUAACAUUGCCAAGUGCGCAAUACAUUGUCCAGAGGACAAUCGACCAAGUGUAACUUUGUCCACAAAACGCCAAUGUUAACAUCGCUAUUAUUCGCCACAUCUGAACUCUAUAACCAUUUGCCACAUAUAAUAACUUGUUACAUCCAAACCAUCGUCAUAUUUUCCUCAUGCAACAUCACUCCUGUCAAAAAAAAAAAAAAAAACAUCACUCCUGUCUUGUAAGACCCAUAGCACAGAACAAGGCUUUUUAGUCGUUACGCGAUGGCGUCAAGUGAUAAGGCUCCUGUGGCGUGUCCAGCAAGCAUCGGAGAAUGUAAGGAGCCAAUGGGAGAUCCUACGAAGACAACUACGGCGAUACUAGAAAAAGGAACGACUACGAUGCAGUCUAUGAAACCAAUCAAGCAAAUGAGUCUCCACAUGUGUUCCUUCGCUUGCUAUAGCCACGAUCCUGGCCGUCAGAUCGAAGUUCAUAUCUAUGAUCACCGUGUAAACCAUGACUUUCUCCAGUGUGCUGUCUACGAUUCCAGUUCCUCUAAUGUCCUGGUUGUAACGUUGAGUAUUGAAGCUUUUGCGUUAGAUUAUGACUUAAGAUUUAUGAUGUGUUUUUAUUGUAUUAAAUUUCUAGGGAUCGAAUAUAUAGUGUCAGAGAAGUUAUUCGAAAGCCUCUCACCGGAGGAACAAAAGCUUUGGCAUUCCCAUGAUUAUAAGAUCCAGAUGGCUCUUCUAGUAACUCCAAGGAUCCCAGAGCUCGUUGCAAAGCCGGAGCUUAAAAAUCUUGCCAAGUCCAACGGAAAAUUUUGGUGUACAUGGCAGAUCGAUCGCGGGGAUAGAUUACCACUAGGUGUACCAUCAUUAAUGGUGUCUCCACAAGAUGUGAAUCUGGGGAGGAUAAAACCGAAACUUGUGAAAAAGAGAGAUGAAGAACAUGGGAUCUCAACGGAAUCGUUGAAGCCGUCACGGGAAGGGAUUUGCGGACCGGGGAAAAAAAUUUUGGUUGCUGAUUAUUUGCGCUUGAUGUCGUUGAGACAGAUAUGAAGAUAAUAGCUCCCUUCCCGUGACUUUCUCUUGUUUUGAUUUUGUUUCCUUGAUGAAUUUCGAGAUAUUAUGAGUUCGUAAGCUUAUAGUACGUGUUUUAAUAUAUGCGUUUCAGUCUAUUCUAUACAACUUCUAGUCAAUAUCAUCUUGUGAAUAGGAAAAAUUUCGUGGACCAACUAUGAUUUUGACUCGACGAAUCUUUUUUUUGCCAAAAUGUGAAUUACCAUUUAAUAGGAACGGGUUU